GAAAAGAACAUUAUGGUGCGGUGAUACGUGCGGAGGAACACCAUCGUGGUGGUGGAUUGUCAUCGCAGCACAGCAGUACAAGUACAGCAGCUCGCUGCCAGACACGUCCGUGGACCGUCGGGUUCCAGAGGAGAACUUGUAAACACUCGCCUUAUGUUAUGGGAGGAGAUUAUAAAUCGCUGCUCAUGCGAUUCACCGCGUCUAUUUGCUAAGUGAAAUCUUUGCGGAAGGAAGAUCACGAAGACUGUGGCUGGACAAAGGGGCCAACCGUUGAAGAAACCGUUGAAAUAAGUCUUAUGUGCUCCCGGUUGUAAGCACUCAUCAUGGAUGACGACCUGAUGUUCAGCAUGGAGGAGGAGGGCAGCGCCCAGCGACCCUCGGCUCAGAGGAACGGCUUCAAAAAGCGUCCGUCCUCCCUCAGCGACGCCAACGCCAGCGACGACGACGACGACGACGAGGACCACUUCAUCUCGCCCAUUCUGGGGGACUCCGUUAAAGAAGUGUGCAACUACCUAAAAGACCUGGCCUACACGCGGCAGCUGUCCAACUCGCUUCCAAAGAGCAACUUCCUGUACAGGCAUGAAACCGAGCCAGAGCAUCGAUCGUACACUGUAAUCUCUGAGAAGGCACGGGCGGCGUGGAUAAAGGCGAUCGAGAAGGCCCGAGCCUUGCCCGACCCCUGGGCCCAGUUUCACCUGGAGGAGAUUGAGACUGAACCCUGCGUCCGUUACAGAUACAGUGCCAUCACAGGAGAAUGGGCUCAAGACCAGAUCCAUAUCAAGAUGGGGAAACAGCCCUUUGGGAAAGGAGCCAUGAGGGAGUGCUUCAGAGCCAAGAAGUUGUCCAACUUCUCACACAGCAGCAACUGGAAGUCGGCGUCCAACUACGUGGCCAAGCGCUACAUGGAGACGGUGGACAGAGAGGUCUACUUUGAGGACGUCCGGCUGCAGAUGGAGGCCAAACUCUGGGGGGAGGAGUACAACCGACACAGACCUCCCAAACAGGUGGACAUUGUGCAGAUGUGUGUGGUGGAGAUGACAAACAGGCCGGGGAAACCUCUCUUUCACGUGGAGCAUUUCAUCGAGGGGAAGUACAUAAAGUACAACUCCAACUCUGGCUUUGUGAGGGACGACAACAUCCGCCUGACUCCGCAGGCCUUUAGUCAUUUCACCUUCGAGCGCUCGGCCCACCAGCUGAUCGUGGUGGACAUCCAAGGAGUCGGAGAUCUCUACACAGACCCCCAGAUCCACACAGAGAAGGGGACGGAUUUCGGGGACGGAAAUCUCGGUGUGCGAGGCAUGGCUCUGUUCUUCCACUCCCACUUGUGCAACAAGAUCUGCAAGAGCAUGGGCCUGACGCCUUUCGACCUGUCUGAGCCGGAGACGUCCCAGCUGGACUGCACCAACAAACUUUUGAAGUCGGCCAAGACGGUGCUGAGGGGCUGUGAGGAGGUCUGCGGCUCGCCUCGCGUCCGCACCUGGUCCACAGGCCGCGGCCCUCCGCUGCUGUCCCGCCUGUCCGAGCCCUCAUCCGCGGACGAGAGCAUGAGCGACGUGGACUCCAUCCCCUGCUCGCCGCUCACCCUCCCCUUCUCUCCCAUAAUGGCACCUGGAUCCAUGGGGAAAUCGCCUUCAGGCUUGUCUCUUGCUGGAAUGUACGAACACGACAGGCUGAACAACAACAACAACACAGCCGAUCACAAGGACUCGGAGAGCGGCGGAGACAGCGGCUACCCCAGCGAGAGGAGGAGCGAGGGGGAUCCAAAUGAUCACGUAGACGGGGCCCACCACCGCUACCACAGACCUUAUUCUGAGUCGGAUGACGACAGCAUCAGACGGAGGAAGAUGGUAGCUCCUCCGAGAGUCUCGGCAAACUUAUACUCAGAAAGUCCCGUCAACGAAGGGCUGACGGACGAGAAGUGGAGCUUCUUCCACUCGUCUCGUGCCCACGUCCAUCGACCUUCCUGCGUGGCCACCGAGGUGGAGCGCCUCAACGCGCUGCUGCAGAAGAAGAUCGGUCAGUCCAUCCUGGGGAAGGUCCACCUGGCCAUGGUCCGCUACCACGAAGCGGGUCGUUUUUGCGAGAAGGACGAACAGUGGGACCAGGACUCGGCCAUGUUCCACCUGGAGAGAGCCGCCUUGUGCGGAGAGCUGGAGGCCAUAGUGGCCUUAGGGAAAUGUUACCUGCAGCUGCCUCAUCACAUUCUCCCAGACAUGGAGGUGGAGGAUAACGCGGGAAACAGGAUGAAAGGAUUCAAGUAUCUGCUGCAGGCGGCUGAGGCUGGAGACAGAUCCUCUAUGAUCAUAGUGGCCAGAGCCUUCGAUAAUGGAUUCAGCCUGUCUGCUGACAGAAAGCAGGAUUGGGAAGAAGCGAUCCACUGGUAUGACAGUGCUCUGAACAUGACGGACUACGAUGAGGGCGGGGAGUUCGAUGGCACGCAGGACGAGCCGAGGUACUUGCUGCUGGCCAGAGAGGCGGAGAUGUACCAGGAGGGAGGCUUCAACCUCACCGCGGAUCCACAGAAAGCAGGGGACCUGUUUACGGAGGCUGCGGAAGCUGCCACGGCAGCCAUGAAGGGUCGCCUGGCCAACCAGUACUACAUGAAAGCCGAAGAGGCCUGGGCGCUGGUGGAGGAGUAAUCCUGGAGGCACGACUGAUCCGCUCGACGCCUCUGGGAGUUUCUGAGUCACAUGGAUUUUUACACGUUCAGCAUUUUACCCUGAAUGAUUCUUGUUUACAUAUUUUUAUGACAGAAUUUCUGCUGUUAGCGGUUUCCCUGUGCGUGUGUGUGUGUGUGUGUGUGUGUGUGUGCUGAGCCUUUGACGAUCAGACUUUUCUCUCCCUGUUCCCGUCUCUUUUUUUUUUUCCUGAGGCUAAUCAUCCUGUCUUCCAUUUUCCCUUUUACUUUCCGGCCCCUCGUUACAUUUUAUUUAAGUCAAUAUGGUUGUGUAAAUAAGAGAAAAAAAAAUGUCUGAAGGAUCAGAACAAAGAAAAAACGUUUACUUAUUUUCCCCCUUUCUAAUGUUAAUAAAAUAAUAUUGGAGGAGUUUGUGUAAAGAUGCAGAGAAUGAAAGUAUAUAAUAAAGGUUUGCCUUGCUUUUUAUUGA